AUGCAGAAUGUAUAUACAAAUACAAAUACAUUCUUCUUAGUCUCUUGUGCAGAUACAUAGAAAGCAAGCACCAAAGUUUUAUAGUUUUUUUAAGAAGAGAAAUGGCAGCUGGGAAAGCUCUGGGGAUUUUUGUUUCGGUGAUGGUAAUGUCUGCUUUUAUGGUAUCUGAGUGUAGGAUUGCUAGGAAGGACUUGGGUUUGAAUCUUGGUGGGGUGGGUGUUGGGAUUGGAACCGGGGUCGGUGUAGGCUUGGGUGGCUCGGGUUCGGGGUCGGGAGCUGGGGCGGGUUCGGGGGCGGGCUCGAGGUCUAGUUCUGGCUCGGGAUCAGCCUCUUCGUCAGGUUCGGGUUCGGGUUCAUCCGGGUCUAGUGCAGGCUCUGAAGCUGGUUCACAUGCUGGAUCAAGUGCUGGUUCGGGUUCUGAAGGCGGAUCAUCCGGGGCAGGUUCUGAAGCAGGUUCGCGUGCUGGAUCACACGCUGGUUCCGGUUCUGGUUCUGGAGGCGGAUCGUCCGAGGCUGGCUCUGAAGCGGGUUCUUAUGCUGGUUCUCAUGCCGGGUCCAGGGACGGUUCAGGGGCCGGGUCGGAAGCAGGUUCGGGAGCCGGCUCCCAUGCAGGUUCCAGGGCUGGUUCAGGAUCAUCCAAUGACAACAAUUAAUUAAAGAAAUUAGCGGAAGCUUCAAGUACUUGAAUUAGCAACAUUAAUAACAAAAAUAAUAGAAUUACGUACUACAUAGCGUAAAAUUAUAAUGGUGAAAUCAAUUCCACUGCUUGUAUUUGUGUGAGUUGUGAUAUAUAUAAAAUAAAAGUUGCAUGUUCUUUUA